AUGGGCAACGACAAGAUCAGUGCCUAUUAUGCACCAACCGGCGGGUUACCACCACAGACGCAGCUUCUGACCGACCGUGCCAUGUUCACCGAAGCCUACGCAGUCAUCCCGAAAGGCACAUUCAGCGACAUCGUGACGAGUUUCCUCCCCUUCUGGGAGCAGACACGGUUGUGGGUGAUUGCGCGUCCAUUGUCGGGCUUUGCCGAGACCUUCUCACAAUACAUCAUGGAAGUGCAACCAGGGGGUGGUAGCGACCGUGCCGAACUGGACGAGGGCGCCGAAGGGGUGAUAUUUGUGGUGGAAGGCGAAGUGAGCAUCACGUUGGGCGGCGAGACGCACCGACUGACGGAGGGGGGAUACGCAUAUCUGCCGCCGAAAAGCGGAUGGACGCUGCGCAACACCGGUGUGGCGACCGCUCGUUUCCAUUGGAUCCGGAAAGCCUAUGAAGCCGUGGCUGGACUGGAUGCUCCCGACCCACUCUUCCUCAAUGAACGGGAUAUCGUGCCUACGGCCAUGCCAAACACCAACAAUGCUUGGGCCACCACUCGUUUUGUGGACCCGACUGAUCUGCGUCAUGACAUGCAUGUCACUAUUGUCACCUUUGAACCGGGUGGUGUUAUCCCCUUCGCCGAAACUCAUGUCAUGGAACACGGACUGUAUGUCCUCGAAGGAAAAGCCGUCUACCGCCUCAAUCAGGACUGGGUCGAGGUGGAAGCCGGUGAUUUCAUGUGGUUGCGUGCCUUUUGCCCUCAGGCCUGUUAUGCCGGUGGCCCUGGCAAGUUCCGUUACCUGCUCUACAAGGACGUCAACCGCCACAUGAAGCUCUCGCGAUAA